UGGUCCAUCGCUAUUGCGUGUGUUCGGUGUGUUCGGUGGGGUGUGGUUGCGGUUCGCUAUUUGGUACUUCCCCGCUCAAGACCAUGAGUGGCCACAAUCUUCUGGCGGAAUUGAAGAAAAUCGAUGUCCUCGAUCUGCCCUAUGUGGAGCGCGAUCUGAACUUUGCUCAGAAGGUCAGCCUGUCCUUUCUGCUGUACGGCGACGAGCAUUCCAGUGCUACGUAUAUUUUGCAAAAGCUCCUGGUGCUGGCCCGCGCAACCGACUGGCGGCACAGCGACAUCUUGAGCCAGUAUGCCAAAUACAAGCCUCAAUCCUGGCACCAAAAUCUCGUGGAGGCUCUGUGCAUCAUCGGGGCGCGCCAGGUUUUGCGCAAACUUGGCCUGCGGUGGCAGGAGUUGCGCAUGCACUACCUACCCCACAUUGGUGGCAUCAGUCUGCACAUUCAUCCGCUGUUAAAGAGCCUCUACACGAUCUGUGAGGAGUUGACACUGGCCCAGAGCGCUCACAUGGUGCUGGAUAUCAGGGAUAAGGUCAGGGCCGGGGAUCCGCUACGCUAUUAUAACUCGGCCCAUCUGGAGAUCUUCAUGCUUGAUUGGAUGACGCGGCGUCUGAUACGGCUGGGCGACAUCAAUGCUAACGGCAGUGAUGUGCAGCUGCUAAUCGAAUACUUCAAGUUAAACGAUCUGUGUGCCCAGGCCACUCUGCUCGUCGAUACGGUCAACAGUAAUGCCACGUCCAUUCUCGCCCACGCUCCGACUUCGGUGUCCCCCAAUCGUGAGACAUCCGAUUCGGCAAAACCGAAUGUGCUGCCGACCGUGGUCUACAGUGGCUUGGCCAACGAAAGUUCCAGCUCAACGGCUUCGUCGUCCCGACAGCGGGCACAGAAUGCCAUUCAGCUAAGUCGCGAGAAUGCUGGAAUUGCGCUGAUAAUCAACCAGCAAAAGUUUCACCGGGAUGUCAACGAUGAUCUCAAGAUCUACUUGCCGCCAGUUGCAUUACCGCCACGCCAUGGCACCGAUGUGGACAAGCAGCGGCUAACUGAUGUCUUCUCCGCGCUCGGCUACAAGGUGCAGGCCCAUGAUAAUCUCACCCACUUUUCGAUGCUUCAUCAUAUACGGCAGGCCUGUGAGCUGUCACUGCUGCACGAUUCGGUGGUGGUGUGUAUUCUGUCGCACGGCUUUGGUGAGGCGGUUUAUGGCUCGAAUAGCAUUGCCCUGCGGAUAUCGGAUAUCGAGAAUGUACUCUGUAGCUAUGAAAAUCUGUACAACAAGCCAAAGCUGGCCAUCAUUCAGGCGUGCCAGCAGGAGGACAAGAACAACAAUGCCCUGCCGUACAAGAUCCAUGCCAGCACAAAGUCACCCGACCAGCACUUGAAUAUGCUGCGAGCAAUGUCCACUGUGCCCGGUUUUGCAGCGAUGCGACACACCCACACCGGCAGCUGGUUCAUUCAGUGUCUGUGCGAUGCCAUUGUCGAGCAUGCGGAUAGCGAUCAUAUUGCUGACAUUCUGACGAUUGUCAUCAAUAAUGUUGCCAACAAACGGGGUAACAAAAACGAGACCAUGGUUCCAUGGAUUGGCGGCGCACUACGACAGCACGUUUACUUUCCGUCCGCCAUCGCCACAGAUUCGAGGGUUCCCAAAGACAAAAACUAAUGGGCAAAACGGAGCACUUCCAUAAAUUAUAAAUGUAUGUCCUUUAUCAACGAAAUGUUGCACAAAAAUGGGCAGAUUCCUUCCAAUCGACCAAAAAUGAAAGUCGUGAUGAGACAAAAUUCUAUUUUAUUUUUAUAUUUUUUUGUUCUGAAUUAGGAUAGCCCAACAUAAUUUGCAUAACUAAAUGUGCUUUUAAAAAAUCUCUUGCAGAUUUGGUAAAGAUCAGACCACUAUAUCGUAUAGUAGCUUUUAUAUAAAUUCCUUAAAGUUAAUGGACGUUUCGAUAAAGCAUUUAUAAUCGUUUUAAAUCUGUUUUUUAUGUAAAAAAAUAUAGUAGGA